UGAUGUUCACUCUGGCAUCAUCUCUAGCUGCUCGUCAACGGAGACCCGAGUAUACCUUGUCCUAGUAUCCGAGCAAAAAUCUCAUAUCCCCUCCUGGGCCUAGGUCUUCCGCCGACCCACCAUCAUGGCCAACCGAAGACAGAUGCCUGGGGACAAGCAGAUCCAGCGGACGUUUGACAACAUGUCGACGGAACGCAAGGUCGAGCAGGCUGGACAGGGGGUUGCGAGCAUACUGAAAGCCAACCGGCCAUUGCCGGGCUCGAUCGAUGUCGACAAGUUCAUCACGUCGAGAGCUUUCGAGAUCUACGGGAUGAAACGAGCUCAGAAACAAGCUUCAGCGGACAUGACCACCCGGGCAUUUCAGUCUCUACCCCGGCAUCUACGACGACGAGCGGCCAGCCAUAAUCCUCGUCGCGUACCUAAACGGUUACGGGACAAGGCUACUUUCGAGAUCGACAAGGGCGACAAGACGGUCAAGAUGCAGAGGAAAAAGGCGGAGAAGAGGAGAAAGAACGGGAUCAAGGGGAUGAGCGUGACGGACCGUUGGUUGGGUCGACAACAAUCGAAGCGCUGGCUAGAAACUCACGUAUGGCAUGCGAAACGGUGCAAGAUGAUCACCCGCUGGGCCUACCGUCUAGCUUCGACCCCGACGGCCAAGUGUCACCGUCCUGCACAUCGAGCGGCUCAUAACGGGUGUAUCAUCGGUGAUGUCAGCUUUUACGCGAUCGUACAGUUGGAGGGGGCAGUAGGGGAACUGAGAGGAGCGCUCAGUGGAGUGGUGGGAGGGAACGGCUGGGGCGGUAGUAGGUACGAAUCGGGGGCGAGGAUGGGCAAGACGAUGUUGCAUCACUACAAACAAUGGCCGCUUGGCAUGAUCGGACCCGCAGAGAUUCUCUGGCAAUCCUCUUCAACGCCCACAGCCCGGAAACAAGUCUGGGUGAGGUUUCAUCCCGCCAUGUUCCCUGAAGCUUGGGAAGCCAUCCGAUCUAGCGUUUCGGGGUGGUACGAACAGGGAUCUUCUACGACUCCAGGGAAGGGAGAGCAGGGGACGAUCGUCAUGAAGGAUCUGCGAGGGGAUAUUUGCGCGUUCGAGUUGAUGGGCCCCAGGAGCGCUAGUGUGCUUCGAGGUGUGAUGGGAUUAGUCAAGGAUCAGACUCUCCGCUCGGAUGCCUCUGCAGUCGAGCCCGACCUCGAUGCGAUGGCUGUGGAUGAUGAGGAGAUCUUGCAGGGGGAACAGGAAGACGACCCCGACGAGGUGUCUGACUCAGCAAAGAAACGAUUCUGGACUGGGAUGAAGUAUGUGCAGAGCAGUGGUCAGCUUAGCGAAGGAAUGGUCGUUGGGCUUCGAGUUCAUGAUCCUCGAUUAAGAUUUCCGCCACGAAAUGCUCGACCGGCUCAAGCACUUGGAGAAGAUCAAUCACCGCCUGACCCGGUGUUUCCCAGCCCCGAGUUGGCAGAAUCGGCGCUCUGGGACGAGGCGGUCAGGGGGUCUUUGCUGAAGCCGCGGUACCGCAAAGCAGAUCUGGACCGCCGGAGAAAUGAGCUCGGGAUCCCAGGAUUGAGAUUACAGCCAAGAAAGGACGACGAUCGGGUACCCAUCCUCCUCGUACAGAAAAGUCUCAUAUGCGAGACGACCAAUGAAGACCAAGCUGCAGCCGUACACGGAUACACCAUCUUCUUGCCUGCUGGUUGGGCUAUGCCGUUCUGGCAAUCGUUCGUUUUUACCGGAAGCACCAUUUCGGGCCUAGAAGAACGUGAUACACAAUAUCUCGAAGCCGGUCUACCAUCCUUUCCCAAAUGUUUCCCCCAGACCCGUUCCGGUGAAGAUUGGCGUACCGAAGAGCUCACUGAGAGGAAGCGAAGGUGGGAUCGCCGUCCUCCAGGAAAGCGGAUGGAGUACGGAGUGGUUGGAGUCGACAAGCCGUGGGACAUUGAAUGGGCCAGCUCGCUAGGAUUGUCAGAAGAAGCAAAACCUUGGUUAGUGCCAGAUUGGCUACUGCAAGGGUUCCAAGCAUCGCUACGCCCCGAUAAAGAGGAUCAGAAGACAAUGUUCUGGCGUAUUGCGGACAAGUGCCGGCAAGCCCUGCGGAUCGAGCCUUUCCCGAUCUCAAAGCGCAAUCCCGCUUGGCAAGCCGCCCUCAUACACGUAACCAUCUCUACUGUGGGAAGGGGUUCUCCCAAAGACUUCGCAGAGAUACAUAACAUCGGAGAGUGUGAGUUGUCGAGUCUGAAAGACAACAAGGAUGUCGGCGAGUUGCAGGCACCGAAGCCUGAAACGGGAAGCGUGCGACUGGGACAUGUUCUCGCCGGCACGCAGUCCUUGGCGAGGGGUCGCGGACACGGUAUCGCAGCCGUCGCUCUGCAUCGUUUUCUGGAGCUCCCAGUGCUGAAGUUAGGCAAGACCCACGGCCGACUCGUCAAGAUCCGAAAUCCGGAAGGGCUCAUUUGGAAAUAUGCUUUCGUUCACAUACUAAAGUGA